AAAUAAACAUCAUUAAUGGGGUCAAUGAAUAUUACCAGAGUUCCAAUAUUCAUGGUGCCAUACCGUUUAAUAUGUCAUUACCCUGGGGAACUAAAAGUAUUACUGUACUAGCAAUUACCCAUUAAUGUCAAUUUAUAUUCUUGCAAGAGUUUUUCUUGUGCUGUUUUAUUCUUCAGUUACACAACCUGAAACAGUAAAGACAAUUCAUUCUUGUACGAGUGAGGAGAGUUAUUAUAAUAACAUAGUAGAACUCAGAUUAACCAGAACUGAGAAAACAAAACAAGAGUGUAAACAGAAAUGAACCCUCUUAUCUCAGUACUAUUUACCCUACUCUCUUUCCAGUUCUCACUAUCCUCUGCGAAAUCUCCAUCUCAAACUCCAGAAUCAUUUGUAGAAGCCAAAUUUACCCAAUGUGUUGCCCCAAAUUCCCGAUCAAACAUCAUCUACCCAAAAAGCUCACCAUCUUAUUCAUCAAUCCUUCAAUCAUCCAUUCAAAACCUCCGGUUCAAUACUUCAAAAACACCUAAACCACAAUACAUUAUCACCGCUCGCACUAAUUCCCACGUCAAAGUUGCAAUCAAGUGCAGUAAGAAGCACAAUUUUGAAGUCAGGAUUCGAAGUGGGGGCCACGACUAUGAAGGCCUCUCCUACACAUCACAGAGGCCAUUUGUGAUCAUUGAUCUCGCCAAUCUAAGAAAAAUCACAAUCAACGCGGUAGAUGAAAGUGCGUGGGUUGAAGCUGGCGCUACAAUUGGUGAGCUCUACUAUCAAAUCGCCAAAAAAGACGACACACUUGCUUUCCCAGCCGGUGUACCCCCCACUAUGGGAGUUGGUGGGCAUGUAAGUGGAGGCGGAAUGGGACCCCUAAUGAGAAAAUUUGGUUUAUCAGCUGAUAAUGUUGUAGACGCGGUCUUGGUUGAUGUGAAUGGUAGGAUUCUUGAUAGGAAAUCAAUGGGGGAAGACCUAUUUUGGGCUAUCAGAGGAGGUGGAGCCGCUAGUUUUGGGGUUGUUCUUAAAUGGAAGGUCAAAUUGGUCAGAGUUCCUCCUAAAGUGACCGUUUUUAGCAUCUCCAAAAACCUAGAGCAAGGUGCAACCAAGCUGGUUUACAACUGGCAAAAUGUUGCAGACAAACUUCAUAAAGACCUGUUCAUUAGACUAAUCAUAAAAUCUGGAGAAAAUGCGCAGGAAGAAGAAACAGUCGAUGCUGAGAUUAAGGGAUUGUUUCUAGGAAGGAUUAAACGUCUAAUGCCAUUGAUAAACUCAAGCUUCCCGGAGUUGGAUUUGAAGGAGCAAAACUGCAGAGAAAUGAGAUGGCUUGAAUCUAUCCUAUUUUUUAACGAUGGGUACUUGAAGAAUGAGUCUACUGAUCUUCUACUGAACAGGAAUAACCACGGAAGGGUAUUCGUCAAAUCAAAAUCAGAUUUCGUGACAGAUCCCAUUUCGGAGAAUGAUCUACAAGAGAUGUGGGAGGAAUUUCUAACGAGUAAGGGUGUUAUGAUUUGGGACCCGUCUGGGGGAAGGAUGAAUGAGAUUCCAGAGAAUUAUUCUCCAUUUCCACAUAGAGCUGGGAAUUUGUUCAGCAUACAGUACUACACGACAUGGCAAGAAUCGAAGAGUAAGGUGGCCAAGAAGCGUAUGGAUUGGAUCAACAACCUUUACAAUUUCAUGGGUCCUCAUGUUUCUCAGAACCCACGGGCUGCAUAUCUCAAUUACAGAGACUUAGACUUGGGAAGGAAUGAAUAUGGAAAGGAAAGUUUUGCGGCGGCUGAAGCUUGGGGAAGAAUGUACUUCAAAGAUAACUUCGAGCGAUUAGCGCAAAUAAAGACGGUGGUUGACCCGGAAAAUUUCUUCAAGAAUGAGCAGAGCAUUCCGCUUAUAUGAAAGAGAAGGGAAAAAAAAUAAGUUGGAUCUAUUUUGGAUUAGAACUUAGAUACUCAAACACCCAUCAAGCGUACCACUUUCACAAAAAAAAAUUGAGCUCGUUGUUAUCAACUUGUCGAAAACCAGGCUUAGAAAAAGCCUGAAAUGUUUCCCCAGCCCAAGCAGUUCAGGUAUAAAUACAACAGGUAACUACAGUCGCAAUCUAUAAUGUGUACAUACAGAUAACGAACUUAAAAAAAUCUCAACCAUGACCCUGAAGGUAUUUUAUGAAAAAGAACACCUC